AUGCCGUUCCGAACCUCGCUUCACACUAGAGUUUAUGAGGCAGAAGUCUUCAUGGUUGGACCAGUUGUCACCCUAGAGAAAAUCCCUCGACUUGACACGACAAAUUCUUCUAUGGACAUCGAUCUCAUUGGGAUCGCCAAGAACAACAAUGAAACAAGAUCAGCUAAUGUGGGUUUCAUGAGCUUCAACACGAUGGAGAAUCUACUGAAGUCAGACUUCUUCAACACACCAAACAACACGAUUAAAACCAUGAUGUCUACUGUGAUCUCAGCUACUCUUCCCAAAACCACCAACACUACACUCACCAAACCAGUCAACUUCACCUUCAGACACAUCAGAGAGUUUGAUCCCAGCAGUUCUCUGUCCUGUGUGUACUGGAAUAUCAGCGAGUGGAUUGUAGAUGGUUGUUCUGUUUUAAAGACCAACAGCAGCUACACUGUGUGUUCCUGUGUUCAUCUGUCCACAUUCGCUCUCAUCAUGCAAACCAGUCGCCCACCAGAGAGCGACUCACUGCUGGAGCUGUUGAAUUUGGUGUGUGUGAUCGUGGGGCUGGUAUUCUUCACUUUGGCCCUGUUGACCUUUGCCCUUUGUCAGUGGAGUCCUGGAGUGAAUAAUGUGGCUCGAAUCAACAUCUGCAUCAGUCUUCUGCUGGCUCACCUUCUGUUCCUGCUCACACAGCGGUUCCUGAGCCUCAUACGGCCUCAGCAGGUGUUGUGUGCCGUGAUCUCAGGCCUUCUGCACUUCCUCUUUCUCUCUGGCUUUGUGUGGAUGUUCAUUGAAGCUGUGCUGCUCUUUAUCUGUGUGAAGAACCUAUCACAGAUCAGCUCCAAAAAGAGGGAGGUGCUUAGAAAUGGAUUCUUGUGUGUGAUUGGAUAUGUGGUUGCUCUGGUUGUAGUGGGCGUGUCUGUCGGUCUGGUUCCUGAUGGCUACGGCAGCAAACAGUGCUGGAUUAAGAUGGAUAAAGGCUUCAUCUGGAGUUUUCUGGCACCUGUUUGCAUCAUUCUAGCAUUAAACAUACUUCUCUUUAUCUGCAUCAUCAUCAGUCUAAACUCAUCUCUCACAAAACUGAACGCUGAAGUUUCACAGUUGAAAAAAAACAAGAUUAUGGUGUUUAAAACACUGGCUCAGUUUGUGGUUCUUGGUUGCCCCUGGAUUCUGGGUUUCUUCACUAAUGGCAAUAAGGUGCUGGAGAUCCUCUUCCUGAUCUUGAACUCGCAGCAGGGAACCUUCAUCUUCCUCAUCUACUGUGUCCUCAAUCAUGAGGUCAGACAUCACAUACUCAACCAAACAAUCAGCUUUCCCUACUCUAUAUUCAGUCCAUCUUUUCUUUUUCAUCUCCUGAAAUUAGCCACUUGGGUGAAUAUUACAUUAGUAUAUUAUUUUUUUUUAUUUUACUUUUUGACAAAAAGUAAAUUGUUACAUUUUGAAGAAUUAUUUUAG